ACGAUUUAGGUUUUAUGUGUUUUGUGUGUGUGGAGUCCGGCUCCGAAACUGCUGUCAUCAUUUUCAAUCUUUGUGGUUGCACUUAAGGCAAAUUGGUGCUCAAAUCAGCAUUUGAAUCAAAACCUGGGCCAAAUAAUACGGAAAAAAUUGUAAAAAAUGGCUCGUCGGUAUGAUACGCGGACUACGAUAUUUUCCCCGGAAGGGAGGUUGUAUCAAGUGGAGUAUGCAAUGGAAGCCAUCAGUCAUGCAGGCACUUGUUUGGGGAUCCUAGCCAAUGAUGGGAUUCUUCUUGCUGCUGAAAGACGCAAUACUAACAAAUUGCUGGACGAAGUAUUCACUUCAGAAAAAAUCUACAAACUCAAUGAUGAUAUGGUCUGCAGCGUGGCUGGUAUCACUUCAGAUGCGAAUGUCUUAACUAAUGAGCUUCGCUUGAUUGGGCAAAGGUACCUGUUUCAGUAUGGCGAAUCAAUGCCUUGUGAACAAUUGGUUUCUUGGUUGUGCGACGUUAAACAGGCAUAUACGCAAUAUGGAGGAAAACGUCCUUUUGGUGUUUCAAUUUUGUACAUGGGGUGGGAUAAACAUUAUGGCUAUCAAUUGUACCAAUCAGAUCCUAGUGGGAAUUACAGUGGUUGGAAAGCAACAUGCAUUGGAAAUAAUAGCGCUGCUGCCAUCUCCAGUUUGAAACAAGAAUACAAGGAGGGUGAGAUGACUCUUGAAGAUGCCAAGACUUUAGCGAUUAAAGUUCUUGUUAAAACGCUGGAUAUGACUAAACUUACAGCGGAAAAAGUUGAGAUGGCAACUCUCAGUCGUGUAAACAACAAGACUGUUAUCCGCAUUCUUACAAGUAAGGAAGUUGAAGAACUAAUUAAUCAGUAUGAGAAAAAAGAAGCCGACGCUGAAGCUUUGAAAAAGGAGCAAAAAACUGCUUCUUAAUUACAUAUUUGUCACGUUUAUCUACAAUAAAUUGAUUUUCAUAAAGA